GCUGCAGUUACUCGGACACAUAGACUUAACUGUACAGCCAAUGAUUAUUCUGCAUGGAUGUAAAAUAAAACGUUAUUUACUGCCAGUCUAUCUUUUCCAUGAUCUGUACUGUAAAGUCAGUAGCAGUAGAGGGCGGUAUGACCUUUUGGUGUAUGAUCCAUAUACGAAGAAAGGGAAGAAGAAGACGCUGCCUAAUAUGGGCAAAACACAAAACACCGGGCCCGUUAGCUCGCUGUGCUAGUCUCGUAAGUGGGCGUUGGAUCUAGUUUUGUGAAAAAUAACGAGCUAAUUACUUUUGUGAGCAAUACUCCUUAACAGGAUGAAAUUGUUGCACUUCACUUUCUAUAAAAAAAGAAAAUUGCAUUCAACACCGAGAAAAGAUAACUUCACUAACUUUCCGUACUGCUCGUUGGCAACAGUCAGAGCUAGCUAAGUUGCAAGAGGGUUAAUCCAAAAGGAGCGCAGAAAAGAUGUCAGUGGAGUUCCCCCUGCCACCACCACCACCUCCUCCACCUGCUCCAGGUCCACCACCUCCUCCAGCUUCAACGUCCAAGAAGAAGCUGUAUCAGACUAUAGCCAGUAGCAGGAGUCCUGUGGAGGGAGACCACACAGAGGCCCGCUUACUGCUCAGUCAGAGGGAGAGCAGUUUUAGGAAGGACUUGCAGUGGAUACUGGUGAACACAUAUGUGCCCUCCCUCAUUCAAGAUGGUCCACAGUGCGGCCUGGUGGCUUUGUGGAUGUCCGCUCACCUUCGACAGCCCCAGCUGAGGAUUGACAUGGAAACUGUUGUUCAGACGGCACUCAGCAGGGGAUACACGACACAGGGUGAAAUGUUUUCAGUUGACAACAUGGCCCUGCUGGCAGAGGAGGUCUGUGGCUGUAAGGCAGAGCUGCUGUCGGGGGGGUUAAGUGGUAACAACGCUGCAGCCAUCAUCGCACACCUCUGGGGGAGACAGCCUGUCCUCAUCCCAUAUGAUGAGGACUACAACCAUGAGCCAUGCCAGCGGAGCGGCCACAGGGCACACUGGGCAGUUGGUUCAGGUGUUCUCCUCGGUUUGGACCAGGGGAGCGUAAGCAAAGAGCACACUCAACCUGAUCCCACUCUGCCCUGGCUCUACCUCGCCGUAGACGGCAGCUCUUCCUGUCCUGUCGGUAGCACGGCAGUCAAAGAGGUUUACAUCCUGGCUAAGCAGGGUAAAAGCCUGCACUACCAGCUGUGGAGUUUGGACAGCGUAGCACAGAGCAACCAGCAGCUGAGGAAGAUGGACCCUCACAGAGCUAAUGACGGGACCCAGUACGUGGUUCCUCAGGGAGGGGUGGAAGCUGGGCUGGCUGGAAAGGCGGUGUUGCUCCACACAAGGACACAGGAGCAACAAUGAGUGUGACGCAGUACUCCAUCUGUAAAACAAAGGACACAAGCGGCAGUUUCUGAGACUCCUAACACGCUGAUCUGUUGAGAGGCAUAACAGUGUACCCUCAUUCUGCAAUGUGAUUAAUACUACAGUUUAACCCAAAAUCUGUAACUGCCUGACUUCCACAAGUUUUGGAAUUUGUCCCAAAGGGCUUCAGAGUAAUGAUACUGUAUGUGCUAGAGUUCUGAUGUUGGGUCAUUAUGGAUCCAGUUUAUGGGAUCAUCUUAUUUUAUCUUUAAGAUUCCAGCAGAAUUUCCAGAAAGUACACUGCAAUACAAAAUGAUCCAUAUCUCCUUCCCCUAGAUCCAUUCAUCACUUUAAUUUACAGAAUGCAGUUUUUUUUAUGGAGAGUUAUAUAUUUGUCCUGCAGGUUUACAAUUAAUGGAAUAUAUUUAUACAAUAAAUUGUUUAAACUCA